AAAUUCGAACAAUUAUUGUCAGUGGCUUUGGCAACGAUGUCAAAGACGACUCUUUAGAAAUGUUUUUUGAAAGUCAUAAACGAUCUGGCGGAGGGGAUAUUGAGAAGUUGGAAAGAUGUAAACCUGAUGUAGUCUAUAUCACUUUUAAGAGUGCUGAAGUGGCUGAAAGAAUUUUAAAUCGAGAUAAUCUGGAAAUAUCUGGUUAUCGUUUGCAACUUGCGAGAAAGCGAACGGAAUUAAGUCCUUUACUGAAAAAGCAUGAAGAGGAGGAAGCUUAUCUUGGUGAAGUUCGUACAGUUGUUGUCAAUGGUAUUAGCGAAAUAAAGGACGAAGUUUUGGAAAUGUUCUUUGAAAGCAACAAACGGUCUGGUGGAGGGGAGAUAGAGAAGCUAGAAAGAUGCGGACCUAAUGUUGCUCAUAUCACAUUUAAGACUGCUGAAGUGGCAUCGCGGGUGUUGGAGCAAGCGGAUAAGAUGAAGCUUGACGGCUAUAUUUUGCAAGUAGAAGAAAAACAACCGGAGUUGUUUCUACCAGUAGACAGGAAAAAAAUAUAUGUGGAAAACCUUAACCCAAAGACGACCGAAGACAGCUUGCGCAAUUACAUAGAAUUGAGAGCAAAGGCAGACGUGUGUGAAAUAGAGUUUGGUGAAAACAGAAAUGCCUUGUUGACUUUCAAUAUAACCCCAGAUUUCAAGAACUUUUCCCUAAAUAACAGGAGGUUAGAAGGAGCAGAAUUGAAAUUUUCCAAUCCUCCUGUUUGUAACAGCGUUCUUGUCACUGGACUAACCAAGAAGACCACGAAAGACACAAUUGAGAUGUUCUUUGAGAACGAAAGGAAUGGUGGAGGUAAAAUAUAUGGGGAUAUCAUAUACCAAAAAGACAAAGGAAUAGCAGUUGUUUCAUUUUGUAAUCCUCGAGUUGUGCAGACCUUACGGACAAAAGAACAAAAAUUGGAUGAUUCUGUACUAUCUUUGCGACCGUACUAUUCGUUCAUGGAAACGGUUAAAGAAACAACCACGAAGACAGUAAAGUUGAGUACCGAUGUUGUAGAUCAUGUUCUUAAGAACUGCAAUGAGGAAUUUCGAAAAUUAUUUGGUGCUGAUAUCCUUCGAACCUUCAAGGAAAUUACAGGAGAGUUGACAGUGUCAGCCGAUGUUGCUAAUGAAAUUGAAAAAUACAUCACACAAUUCGCGGUGAAAGAUAUAGUAAUCUGCGCUAAACUAUUAGAAAAAUCAAACGAAGAAUUGGGAAUGAAAAUAGCUAACGUGCAAGAAAAAAGGAUUACAGUUGUACUAGACGAGGAACAACUUCAGAUAAAACUUAUCGGAAAGAAGGAGGUGGUAUAUGAGAUCUACGAGCAAUUCAAACACGACAUUACCGAAAUGGAGAAAAGGUUGGAAGUUGUUACGGAACAAAUUAAUUUACCUGGCCCUAAACUAGAACUGCUCUUACUUCAUGGUGUUGGAGAAAUGUUAGAGAAUGAUUUUCAAGUAGAAGUAAAAACAGAACCGCUAAGGUCGCUAGUGACACUGAAAGGAAAACAAAAUCAAGUUUCUCUGGCUUCAAAAGAAGUAUACAUGAAGGUUAUGCAAAUACAUGAAGAUAAUAUUGAUAUUAAUGCGAUGAAGGUGCGCUUUCUGCGAUCAGGUGGAAUUGAUGUGUUGAAUAAUGAAAUGAAGAGAAUCGGAUUGAAGGGAUUGAUUUCGCUGGAUUCAAAAUUGACCAAAGCCAAGAUUCUUGUUUUCGAUAAAGCAGAUAUUGAAAAUAUUCAUUCGUUCGUGAACAGCAUCAUGUUUGAAAAACAGUACCAGCUCGAUGACGACAGCCUCACCCUUCUUCGAAGCAACAAGUGGAAAGAAUUUCAAGAAAAUAUAACGACAAAUAAAUCUGUUGUACUGUGCACUGAUGAAACGAGCCCAAAUGAAAUUACGCUGAUCGGCGAGAAGAAAGAGGUCAAGGAGACUUAUGAAUCGUUGCAAAAAUUCAUGAAACAAAAUACCAUUGUAAAACACGAUAUUGAAUUAGACAAAGGAUAUGCAGGUUAUCUGUCAAAGUAUUGUACAGGAGAUCUCAAUGAAGUCGAAAAAAAGCUAGAAGAUCUCUCGGUGCGGGUAGUUUUGGAAGAUGAAGGAGUAAUAAAUAUAGUUGGUACGAAAGACGGGGUUGAAGAAGCAAAGAGACAGUUGAAUGAAAUCGUAUCAAACAUAGAAAAAGGCACGAUCAUUUUCGAUAGACCACGCAUGCAAGAUUACCUUAAAUCGGAAGCUGGGAAAAUCUUUAUUAGUGGAAUACAAACAAGACAUAAAUGCUUCACAGUUCUAAAAAACGAUGAUGAGGAAGAAUAUUUUGCGGUUCCUUUAUCGCGACCAGUUUCCGAAUUGCUUUGCAGUCAUGACACCCAAGAAAAGAUCACAUUAAAAGUGUACAAGGGGGACAUCACCGCGCAUUGCUGUGAUGUCAUCGUCAAUGCUGCUAAUGGUGAUUUAAAUCAUAUCGGUGGACUGGCCAAGAGUAUCACAGUUGCUGGAGGAAAAGAGAUCCAAGAAGAGUGUGACGCUUACGUGAAAGCAGAAGGAAGGUUAUAUGAAGGUGAAUGUUUCAGUGGAAGUCCUGGAAAGUUGCCGUGUAAGCGUAUUAUCCAUGCGGUGGGUCCCCGGUGGGAUGCAAGAAAUCCUGAAAAAACAUGUAGAACAUUAAGUUUUACAUGCACUAAGGUUCUCGAGGAAGCAAGAGGCUAUCGAUCAAUUGCUUUUCCCGCAAUCGGAAGUGGUAUUUAUGAAAUUCCAAAAGAGAUUUGCGCUGACUUAAUGAUUGAUGCUGCUGAGAAGUUUAGUAAGACAAGCAAUAAAUCGAACCUGAAAGAGAUCCACUUUGUCGAUAAUGAUGAAGAGAGCUGUCGAGCGUUUGUUAGGAAAUUUCGUGAAAAAUUCGGUACACGCUCUUCUAUCAUAAAGACAAAUGAAAGGGUUGUUGGUACACGAAGUAGGGUCGCUCUGUCAGCAACGAAGUCUAUGAUUCAAGAGAAUGAACGAGAAGAACCAGAUAUCGCAUCUGAGUUGUUGCCAAAACAAAAGAAUGACAAUUUCAUUAUCACUAAGAGCAACAUGAAAAUUUUUGUUGCAGUAGGAGAUUUGUCCACAUACAAGGCCGACGUAUUAGUCAACACAACAGGGGAAAAUCUCAACCUUGAUUCUAACCCGUGUAGCAGGGCACUUAGUAAUGAGGCGGGUCCAACACUACAAGCCGAAUGUAGAAAGAUAGGAAAACUGAAGCUUGGCGAGGUGGCAGUUACCAAGGCAGGAAACUUGCUCUGUGAUGAAGUUUAUCACUCAGUGUGCGUGCAGUGGGGUGAAGGACAGGGAGAAGAGGUAUUGCGUUCCAUUAUCAAGAAUUGCUUGAAAAAGUGCCACUCAAGUGGAAAGACCUCGAUUGCUUUUCCAGCUAUUGGUACAGGAAUAUUAGGUUUUCCGCAUGAUGUAGCCGCGAAGAUUUUCUUCGAAGAAACCAAAGAAUUCGAACAGAGUGUCUCAAACUGUAGUAUAAAAGAAGUCAGUUUCGUCGUUUACUCCCAAGACGCCAAGUCAAUUGAAGCAUUUAAGAAUGCGUUAAAGAAGCAGACAGAGUGGGACAGCAGUGGAAUUGUGACUCCUGUUCCUGUUCCUGUUCCUACUCCGCGCAAAAGAGGAAUAAUAAAGCGAACUCUAAAAUCGAAAUCAACGAGCAUAAGUAAACCUUCACAGUUAGAAAGACCAAGCGACGACGAAAACGAAGAAGAAGAGCCUUCAGUAUUAAAAAGAGCCUGGAAUUAUUUAUGGAAAUCGGAAUCAACAACAAAGGAGAAAUCUGCAAUCACCACCAAAAAACUUCUGCUAGACAUUUACGCGAAAGACGAAAACACAGUUAAGCGUGCAAAAGAAGAUAUUAUGAAGAUUAUGGAGUCCCAAAAAAAGAAAGAAAGCAUUGAGGACGACAUUAUUGGGAAGUUAUCACAGCAGGAAAUCUCUGACAUAAAAUAUCUGGGUGAAAGGGCCGAAGUAAGAAUAACGGUCAACAAAGAACUUAACCGUAUUCUUGUGGCUGGGCACAGUGAUGACGUUUCGAAAAUGAAUUUUGAAAUUAUGCGAAUUUUGACCGGAAUUCGUGACGCAGAGAAGGAGAAGGAGAAAGCUGCUCUGCAAGAUGAAGUUGCUGAGAUGGUUUCUCAAGGAGUGCAGUGGUACUCUGUUGAUCCAACAAGUGAUGAUCUCGAAGAAUAUGACAAGCAUACAAAUGCCAUGAUUGAAAAGGCGUACAGCAAACAGGAAAAAUCGGUUAUUUUCUUUGAUGAUGAAAAAUACGAAAUUGUUUUCAAGCAAAUGCAAGAAACUAACUUGGCUAAAAACGAAACGAAAAAAGUUAUAAGGAAGGAUCUUAAAGUAACAGUCCCUGAGUAUUGGGAUCCUCAACCAUGUGACGCAAGUGGGAAGGAAAUUGGUGUUCAUCUUGUUUGUCUUGACCCCAACAAUCCAAGCCACAAAGACGAAUACAAAAAAGUUUACGAUCUUUUUGAUAAAACCGCAGCUAAUCAAAAUAUUGUACAAAUUGACAGAAUCCAGAAUCCAUCAUUGUACAAGCUAUACUUUAUAAAGAAGCGAAGCUUAGAUGAAAAAAAUGGCAGUAACGAGAUGUUAUUGUUUCAUGGGACGAAAGGUGACAAAUUGAACGAAAUAAACGAAAGCGGUCUGAACAGGAAUUAUGCUGGGAUUAAUGGAACUGCUUUUGGUAAGGGAGUAUAUUUUGCAAGGGAUGCUUCGAUGUCUUCCGGUUAUACACAACCAGACCAGACGUCAGGCAAAAAGUACAUGUACUUGGCGAGGGUGGCAGUCGGGCAAUUCACAAAAGGUGAACAGUCUUUGUUGGUACCGCCACCGAAAGCAGGUAAAGGCAAUGAAUCUUACGAUUCUGUGGUCAAUGAAGUUACAAACCCAACAAUAUAUGUUAUGUUUUACGAUAACCAAUAUUAUCCAGAAUAUUUAAUCACCUUUACUUAG